UUGUCUGCUCGGCAAGGACCAAUUAGCCUUAAUCUGCUAAACGUAUCUGCUUCAUAUUUAGACUUACUUCAACGACUCGGCAUUAACGCUUAUUCGGACUCUGGUUACUGGAGGAGCGACUCCGGAACUCGAGCUGAUCUUAGCUGAAGGCGCUGGCCUUCGUGGAGGUUAUAGCACACCUGAGACGUUAGCGAACCGUGACCGAUGUCGGAUAGCUCAGAUAGCUCUACAUGACAAUCCUUAUGAAGGAAUUGGGCACAACUCUACUUAUGGUCAAAUGUUCACCACAUCUUUGAAGAAGUAUGGCCAAUUAUGCAUCGGUUUGUAUCGGUUGCACGAUCAAGACAAUGCCGAAUCCGUAAAGCGAUAUGUUAUCACGAAUCCACCAGCGGAGUUGAGGAUAAGAAGCUCUGAUUAUGUCUAUGUGUUGGAACAGUUCGACCCGGGUCUCGAAUAUGAGCCAGGAAAAAGGCAGUACUAA